AUGGCAAUUGAUGACCAAACAUAUGGCACGCUUCUUCCCCGCAAGCUCACAGCUUGCACCAUCGUCCUGUCUUUAGUCCUCCUCUACCUUUUCUCAACGGUGGUCGCCCUCCAACCGAUAGUAAAGCUCGAUUACGCCUCUUACCGGGGGGUCAGGCUCGCAGACGGGGUCACUCAAUGGCUUGGAAUGCGAUAUACCGCAGCCCCUGUCGGCGAUCUGAGGUUCGCCGCUCCCCAAGAUCCGGCAACGGUUCGGCGCAUACAAGCAGCAGACAAGCAUGGUCGCAUUUGUCUGGCUACUGGGGACGAUCCGACGAAUCUCUUGACUUCAGAAGAUUGUCUCUUCAUCGAAGUAUAUGCUCCAUCCCGGGCAAGCGUCAAAUCAAGACUGCCGGUCUACUUCUUCAUCCACGGAGGCGGCUUCAACUCCAACGCCAACCCAAACUACAAUGGCAGGGGAUUGAUUGCUGCUUCAGAUCAUGAGAUCGUCAUCGUGACGUUCAACUAUCGUCUUGGUCCAUAUGGGUUUCUGGCCAGCCGUCAGAUUCGAGAGUCACCAACCGCCAGUCUCAACAACGGCCUCAAAGACCAAAGAAAAGCCCUCGAAUGGGUACAAAAGUACAUUCAUCACUUUGGAGGUGAUCCCGACCAUGUUGUGCUGGGUGGAGACUCCGCUGGUGCUGCCUCCAUCGCCCUUCAUCUGACAGCUUUUGGUGGUCGCAACGACGGGCUGUUCGUCGGUGCUGCCGCCGAAUCUGUGAGCUUUGCUACAGUCUUAACUCCAGAGGAGAGCCAGUACCAGUACGACACCUUUGUCGAACGCUUGGGGUGUACCAGCAGCCCGAGAGACGUCCACCGCGAAGACAACACAUUGGCAUGCCUACGCUCGAAAAGUGCCGCCGAACUGCAGACCCAUAAUCGUAACAUACCAUAUCCUGGCGCGCGAAACCCUCCAUUGUUCAUGUGGAACCCAGUCAUCGAUGACGACCUCAUUCAAAACUUGAGCUAUGCCGCGUUUGAUUCUGGGUCUUUUAUCCACGUCCCUGUCAUCUUUGGCGACGACACCAACGGAGGCACCAUCUUCACACCGCGCACAACUUCCAGCUCCGAACAGUCCAGCACAUUCUUACACGACCAAUUCCCGUAUCUAACUAAUGAUCACCUCCGGCGCAUCGAUGACCUCUAUCCCAACACCGGCCCUCGUUUCCCGCAUUCGGGCAGCUGGUGGCGCCAGGUCUCCAAUGCCUACGGUGAUAUCCGGUAUAUGUGCCCGACACUGUUCGUCUCCAGCGCGUUGUCCCGGCACGGACUGCAAGGAAACUGGAAUUACAGAUACAAUGUCGAGGAUCCUGCGCAGAUGGACCAAGGCCUAGGGGUGCCGCAUACGGUUGAGCUUGGGGCGAUCUGGGGACCCGACAACGUCCAUGGCGCAGUGCCCGCAAGUUACCGUGCGGGCGAGUCCAACGCCUGGAUCAUCCCGGUCAUGCAGGGCUACUGGACGAGUUUCAUCAGAGCGCUGGACCCGAACGUCUUCCGUGUGGAGGGGUCGCCACUGUGGGAGGAGUUCUCUACCCCCACACAAGACGGCGGCGCCGAAGACAAAGCUCAACGGCGCAUGCUUUUCGACAAGUCGCACACGACGAGGAUGGAGAAGGUGAGCACCUCCACUCGGGCGCGGUGCAGAUACUUUGGCGAGAUUGGCGCAGCGAUCCGGCAAUGA